CGCGUGUGAAAAUCAGCCGAGGAAACAGUAAUAAUGGCGGAGACCUGUACGUGGAAAACAUGUGAAGAAACGGAACAGAAUACGUUUAUUGUUAAAUUCUCUAAUGGACAUGUGAAAAAUGCCGAAGAGCUGGACUUUACAGUCUUCAGACACUUGAACGCAUCCAACCCCAGAAAGAAAAACAGACGAAUAGUGGUUGCAGAUUCAGAUAGGCUUCCCUAUGUAGGGAGCAAUUUUGGGUCUGGAUCGCUGCAGUCUAAUAAUAUGUGCAAGUAUUUUGUGGGAGUUCUUGACAAGCGCACCAUGCAAAUGAAGGUUCACAGUGCUCAGCUGUUCAAUAUGCUGCCUGUUAUACCAGGUGAAGCAACAGAAGCUGAAAGCGAAAAUCAACCUUCAACAUUCAGAGAUAAGGUGGAUGCUCUCAUCGAAGCGUUUGGGACAAAUAAACAGAAGCGGGCUCUUAACUCUAGGAGACUCAAUGCAGUGGGCAAUGAAACGCUCCAUCAGGCCGUGGCACAGGCCGCCAGCAACAUCAUAGACCAGAAAGGAGUAGAAACUCUUCGUAACGAAGUGAUUGAAACGGAGGCUCAGACUGAUGCAGCCCUCUUUCUCCCUCCAUGCAAUGCUAACGCGGAUAAACUAGAGGAUGUUUACCCCUUUGACCAGCUGUUGGCUCCAAAUGAGUUUGAAUCCCUGAAGGAUGUCGGAGCGAAGUAUGCAACCCUGAGCCCUGAAGACCUGCAGAAGAUGAGAGAUGAACGCUGUCCGCAGACGGUUCUCAAACAUCUUCAAACACUUUCUAAGGACGAGGCGGAUCGAGACAGACAGUGUCGUUGUGCUUGGUACCUUUCCUUUGUCAUCAGAGCCUCGCUACAGAAACAACUUUCCUUUAAAUUUGGUAGUGAGGAUGGAUGUCCACGAAUCAUCCUCAACAAAGUACUGAAGAAUUUCACUGUAGAGAGUUUCCACAAUGGCAGUCUCAGGAACACGGUGUCGAUGUCCAUGCGCAUGAAAAUGGCUUCUUACUGUUUGGCUUUACUGCUUCACAUGGGCGGUCAGACUGCAAACCUCACACUCCUACACAGGGACAUGAGCAUCAGCGAUAACAAAAUGUUGGAGGUGGCCAAAGCCAUGGGACUGACCCUGUCCCGCCAAAGCACCUUAGGCACAGAUGGGGCCUUGAUGCAGGACGAGCACAGGAUGGUCUCUCUGGUGCUUCCUCUUGUGCGUUAUGAUCGACGGAUGGAACGCAAGAAGCGCAAGAGGAUGAACUAACCUGAAAACAGUAGCUGCAUUCAUUUCUAAGAUGUGCAGGUACAAGCUAAAACUGCUGUGUGUGUUACUUUACAGACUUCUAAGAUUGAAUUGAAAAUAAAUCAUUAUUCAUUAAAAAGAAA